AUUUAUCACUGUCUCCGAGGGAGAUGUGCCCGGCGGAACAGGGGCUACAGCAAUGACAUCUCGCACCACAGAGCAUGCUGCAGCGGGGACUUCUCAAGCCUCCAGGGACAUGGCUCCUUCUUCUGUGGUGGGGAAGGCUCGGUCAUCUACAGCCGGGGAGCUUCGUCCUGCCAGCCCAUGCCAACGUCGUCCACCUACAGCGUUGCAGGGGGGUACAGAUGUGGUGGUGAUGGAUCUGUCGUGAUAGCCAGUGGUGACAGCGGGGGGACAUCUAGCUGGGGCAUUGAAGGGGGGACAGUUCCAGUCCAUGGCACCGGGGCUGGAAUAGGGUGCAGCGGUGAUGACUCAGGCCAGAACAUCAUUGGCAGCUCAGGGGCUGGUGGAGGAUCCAGUUGCCACAGUGGGAAAUUGGGCAUCACUGCAGGAGGAGGUUUUGAGUACGGAUGCGAUGCCUCACCGAGAGAAAAGGCCUUAACAGCAGGUGGGGACAGUGGCAGAUCAGGGUACUAUAGCGGGGGAUUGGGCUAUGGCAUCGGGGGAUGCUCGGGCCCAGAGCUCAGCUCUGGGGGCAGUGGGUCCUCCCAGGCCACGCAGCAGAAAUGCCCCGUGGUCGUUCCCGACAUCGAGGCCCACCAGAGCAAGCAGACUAGCCACUGGCCCCCCAGCCAAAAGAAGUGA